CUGUCGUACAGGGCCUUGCCACAGGUGCGGCGCGGCACGAACAUGUUCCGCCGCGCGGCCGCCCUGCUAUGUCGGCGCCCGGCAGCGUCGCACCGUGUCCUUCCUCGCCACCCGUUGACGGCUCGGCCAGCGCCGUCCGGACGGCACCCGCAGGUCGAGCUCGGUGGGGCGCCGUCGCUCCGGCGCCUGGGCCGCGUCGGGGCGCGGGGCUACGCGCGCAUGGCGCGUCGGGUCCCGCCCGCCAGGCCCGACGGGUACUCCACCUCCGACGGCGAGGCGGACGAGUCGGACGCUUGUGGGCUCGAGGAGGAGCUGGUGCCGGGCGCCGGCGCGGAGGGCGACGACGCGGAGGGCAGUGAGUGGGAGGGGUUCAUGCUGGACUUCGGCUCCGGCUCCGAUAAUGACGGCGAUGAGGAGGCCGAGGAGGGCGCAGGGGAGGGGAAGAAGUAGAAGUGGUGAUCCUGCUUGUUUUACGGCGCCCGCGUGGUGUUCGCCGAAAUGCCUGUGAGGAGUAGCGUCUAGUGUUUAGUGGGCUGCUGCUGCUGUUUGCGUCGAAUUGUUCGAUACUUCGUGGCAUUUCAUAUUUGGCCUGUCUGGAGCGCGCACUUUGAAUUCUGGUUAUGUGAAAUGAAACUGUUUGCAAUGAAAUUCUUAGAUUUUAAA